AUGACCGUGGUUCACAACCAAACAAAGUAUACCGUGGGCGACUACCUGGCCGAGCGGUUAGCCCAGAUCGGUCUGCGCCACCACUUCGUCGUGCCAGGCGACUACAACCUCAUCUUGCUUGACAAGCUCUCCGCACACCCGGAUCUCACAGAGAUCGGCUGCGCAAAUGAGCUCAACUGCUCGCUGGCCGCUGAAGGCUACGCCCGCGCACACGGCGCGUCCGCCUGCGUCGUCACCUUCUCCGUCGGCGCUCUUUCUGCGUUCAACGGCACGGGCAGCGCCUAUGCCGAGAACCUGCCCCUGAUUCUGAUUUCGGGGUCACCAAACACAAAUGAUGCCGGCGAAUUCCAUCUCCUGCAUCACACCCUGGGCUCAUCUGAUUAUACGUACCAGUAUGAGAUGGCCAAGAAGAUCACAUGCUGCGCCGUUGCCGUCAACCGCGCCCAAGAAGCCCCCAGGCUGAUUGACCGUGCCAUCCGUCACGCCCUGCUCGCCAGGAAACCCUGCUACAUUGAGAUCCCCACGAACCUGUCCGGCGCGGAGUGCGUGCGACCCGGCCCCAUCUCGGCCGUCACUGAGCCGGUCAGCUCCGAUAAGUCGGCGCUGCAAGCCGCGGCAGACUGUGCGGCCGAGUACCUAAAGGGCAAGUUAAAGCCCGUCAUCCUGGUUGGCCCAAAGGUCAAGCGCUGUGCCUCCGAGAAGGAGCUGAUCGCACUCGCCGACGCCAUGGGUUGUGCGGUAGCCGUGCAGCCCGCUGCCAAGGGUAUGUUCCCCGAGGAUCACAAGCAGUUUGUCGGCGUCUUCUGGGGCCAAGUGUCCACAGACGCCGCAGACGCGAUUGUCCACUGGGCCGACGCCAUUAUUUGUGUCGGAACCGUCUUUACCGAUUACAGCACCGUCGGCUGGACCGCGCUGCCCAACAUCCCGCUCAUGGUUGCUGAGAUGGACCAUGUGACGUUCCCCGGUGCGCACUUCAGCCGUGUCAGGCUCCCCGAGUUCCUGGCUCAUCUGGCGAGCGAGGUGGACUUCAACGACUCCACCAUGAUCGAGUACAACCGGCUCCGACCCGACCCGGUCCAGGUACACGCGGCGGCCAAGGAGGAUCUUCUGACGAGAAAAGAGAUUUCCCGCCAGAUGCAGAAUAUGCUGAAUGCCCAGUCGACACUGUUCGUCGAGACCGGCGAUUCGUGGUUCAACGGCAUCCAGCUCAAGCUGCCGCCCGGCGCCCGCUUCGAGAUUGAGAUGCAGUGGGGUCACAUUGGCUGGUCCAUCCCGGCGGCGUUCGGCUACGCGCUUCGGCAUCCGGAUCGGCGCACGAUCGUCGUGGUCGGCGACGGGUCCUUCCAGGUGACCGCGCAGGAGGUCAGCCAGAUGGUGCGGUACAAGGUGCCCAUCACCAUCAUCCUGGUCAACAACCGCGGCUACACGAUCGAGGUUGAGAUCCACGACGGAUCCUACAACAAGAUCAAGAACUGGAACUACGCCCUAUUGGUCCAGGCGUUCAACAGCACCGACGGCAAGGCUACCAGCUUUGUCGCGAACACGGCAGGCGAGCUGGCCGAUGCCAUCCAAGAGUCGGCUGAGAACACCGAGGGCCCGACACUGAUCGAGUGCACCAUCGACCAGGACGAUUGCUCCAAGGAGCUCAUCACCUGGGGACACUAUGUCGCCGCCGCCAACGCCAGACCGCCAAGGCAUAGGCUGGACGACUAA